UAGAUGUAUCCCAUAUUCAUGUCUAUACUUUAUUUAUCAAAAGUAAGGACAGAUAAGAAAAUAUAAUGAUGCUAAAAUUGGAUUUCACCAAUUAAACAAGUAAAUUUAUGCACAACACUUGGGCAUAUAACACUUUAAACAAGUAAAAGUGUUGUAUGCAUAAAACCAUAUCAAAUUGUACGAAUCAAAUCCUAAAUGAAUAGCACGAUUCAAACAACCAAGUUUACAUGUAUGCAUUGCAUUUGCACCACCAUAUUGACUCUCAGCCCACCAACUAAAAACCCCAUGUUUGCAAAAUUGACUUGCAUUUGUGACAACUUUCUCGAGCCUUGUUCAAAUUUCGAUAAACUUGGGAUCUAAUUUGAGAUACAAACAUCAACAUGAAGGACAACAAAUUCUGAGGUGCAACCUAGGAUUUCAGGAUACAUAUGUGAUUCUAUUAUCAACAGCUACAAAUAAUCAUUUCAAACAUCUUAUGUAGCCAUGUCAUGAUGUUAUUUUGCUCAUGUUAUUUAUUUUGAAAUGUUAUAGGUUUUCUAAAAUUUUGUUGUCCUAGGCUGUCUUUUGUUUUUUUUUUUUUCUUUUCCAUUAUGAGUUUCUCCCAGAAAAUUUUCGUCAGAAUUAUCUCUAACACCUGACUGAUUGAACCAACAUUGAACCAACCCUUGUAUGAAUGCAUACUUCCAAGGCAGAUGGGAAUGGUUCAAGAGGGAGACAGUUCUGUUCUUAUUAGUAAUAGUGUUGCUUGGUGACCAUCACUAGAGGCAUCAAUCCAUUACAUGAAAGAGGACUUUUAUAAUGUUCUUCAUUUCGUGCAUAACUUUGUGGUCGGACGUUCUAGAUUUUUCAUGUCGUGUCCCUCACGAAUUUUCCCUUAAAUGAAAGAUAGAGACUUUUUUACAUUAUUUUCCCCAGAAAUCACACUCAAUAGUGGAUCCCACAAGUAAUGAUAUUAACUAAUAUGUUGUUGUCAAGGUUCUCUCCAUGCGCAUCUGCUCCAAAGUUCUUCUUUCUACAUCUCUAAGCCUACUUACUUUCUCAAUGUCUCUUAUGAUUCUCUACUGAGUCAUGGAUUUGGCUAGUGAUAAACAUAUCAAGAAAAUAAAGUGCAAGCUAGAUGAUGAUGAACCAAGAAACGGGAUGGAGAGUCUACAACCUGACAUUGCCCUCGACAUAUGUUCAAGGCUUCCCAUAACAUCUCUUCUGCAGUUCAGUUCUGUAAACCGAUCCUGGCAGAUGUUGCAAUAUGACCCACAUCUUGCUUCCCUGCACUUCUCCCGGACAGCGAAGAAUAAUCCAUGCCUAAUUUUUCAUUGCGACUAUCCUAUCAGAAAUCAACUUUUUUUUGUUGAAUUGUCUGAUGAGAUGGACAAUGAGAUUGUGAGAAGAAUUCAAACACCUUUUAGUGAUACGAUGCCUGAGUUUAACGUAAUAGCCUCAUGUAAGGGCUUAUUAUGCUUAUCUGACUCUCUAUACAGUGAUCCACUAUAUAUAUACAAUCCUUUUACUAGGAAACACAAAGAGCUGCCCAAAUCCAGGCAGUUUGAUGAUCAAGAAGUGGUGUUUGGAUUUGGGUUCCAUCCGGUGACUAAUGAGUACAAGGUAGUUAAGAUAGUCCUAUACUGGAAUCAGUAUAACGUGUUUCCACGUCAGCGUCCUCGUGGGCAUAGAAUUCAUGAUCAUACACGAUCAGAAGUGCAAGUAUGUAGUCUUGGCAACACCAAUUGGAGAAGUAUAGGAAAAGUACCUUACCGACUUGAACAGCGAGCAUCAGAAGCUUUGGUGUGUGGAAGACUUCAUUGGUUGGCUCAACUGCGAAUAUGUCGAGGGACUCGGAUUCAUCGUGAUGUAGCCAUAGUUUCUUUUGACCUAGCGGAUGAGCAGUUUCAAGAGGUCCCGAGACCGGAUUGUGGCAACCUGAUUAUGGCUAAUUAACAACUAACAGUUUUAGGAGGGUGUCUUUCUGCAGUUGCUUGCUACCUUUAUGAUAGAUAUGAGAUUUGGGUGAUGGAAGAAUACAGUGUGAAAGAGUCGUGGCUGAAAAAAUACAACAUUAAAGAUUGCAUCCGGCAGUUUAUGAAACCAGAAUUCCAGCGACCAUAUGGGAUUUGGAAGAAUGUAUUGAAUCAAAGAAUUGCUCGAGUUCUGUGCAUUUUUGAAAAUGGCAAUAUUUUGAUGUAGUACGGAGGUGGAGUUUUAGUUUCUCAUAAUCCAAACAGUGGAACAUAUAAGAAACUAAUGUUUGAGGGGAUGCGUGACUUGUUUCAAACGGUUGUUCAUGUUGGCAGCCUUAACUGGAUUGGUAAACCCAUUCAUUCAAGUACAAACUAGAUAUUCUCACCUCUACCUUGCUCUUCAAUAAAAUAGACAAUCUGCAUUGCUUUGUAUAAGUUGUAUGUAAUCUUUAAAACACUGAUGUUUUUAAAAAGAAAGUUGUAUCCAUAUCAGAUACAAUACUCCUUGGAUACUAGUGGACACAUGUUUGAUACUUCUUAAAUGUGUUCAUAUUUGAAAUUAUUUUUCUUUACUUUUGAGAAGUAUCGGAUACUUUUAAGAUAUUUUAGGUCACGUAUCCAAAUUAUUAUGAAAUUAAGAUUAUAAUAAUUUUUGCAUAGCACUAGAGCUUAAUUGUUAGAAUGAAUACAAGAAUAGUUUUCUAAUAUUUUGUUUACUUCUUAGAGAAGAAGAAAAUAAUUACAAUAGUACAAUUUUUUUUUUCAUAAUUUAUUGAAUAGGUGUAUCCUUCUUGUGUCAUACAUGUUGCCCAUAUACUUUAUGGAAAGUAAGGAUAAACAAAAAAUAUAUAUAAUGAUUCUAAAAUCAGAUUUCAACAAUUAAAGAACUAAAUUUACAUACGAUACUUUUGCAUACAACACUUGUAAGAUUAAAAUGAAAUUCUUAUAGGACCUAUAGAAAGAAUAAACUAGCUAUUAAUACUUAAUUACUAAGAAUUGAUUUCUCACCAUUCGUUGAUUUUAUUUUUAAUACAAUACUACAAAUUAUAAAUAUUUUUUUACGAAUGUAUCCCGACCAUACCCAUAUUAUAUUUUUUAUGGUUUUAUCACAUGGCUGUAUUUGUAUCGUAUCCAUAUUCCCUAUCUGUGCUCCAUAGUAUGCAAUCCUCGUUGCUUGGAAACUAUGGAAAUAUAAAUAAACCUGUGUACUAUCGAAGAGAACGGAUUGCUCUAUUUCUUAGCCAAACUUGAACACAACUUCAAACUUUGGUAUAUAUGUAUAAAUACAUCUAAAUCCAUAUUUAUCAAUAUUUGAUCUCUUUUCUUAUUUUGCAAAACGACAUCAAUUUCAUGCAUUAUACGCAUAACUAAAUUACAAUGAAUCAUAGAGAAUCGAAAUUGAAUUGUAGGCUUCACACAAUUUAAGAUUCAACAACACGACUUGAAUCGUUUUAGCACAAAAUUGUAUCAAAUCAUGAAUAGCGUUAACAAUCAUGUUUACAUGUAUGCAUUGCACUUGCAUCACCAUAUUGCCUCUCAGCUCACCAACUAAAAACUCCAUGUUUGCAAAAGUGACUUAUAUUUGCAACAACUUUCUCGAGACUGGUAUGAAUUUUGAUAAACCUGUGAUCAAAUUUGAGGUACUGACAGAAGACUGAAGACUGGAUGGAUAGUUGAGAUCUUGGAACACACCAUGGGUUCUU